AAGUGAUCUGGAAGAAUGAUGGCGGCGUUUGUUGUGACUGGCGAGAGGGAGACACCCGCACCAUGAGCGGCUUAUCCAUCACACCCGCUCAUUUAUAAGAGAAAUGGCAACGUAUGACGAUAGGCAAUGGAUUUUGUCUCAUAUACAGAAUUCCUACGUUACCAGCGAUGACACAGGGUUGUGUGAAGUGGUGGUGCAGGUGGAGCCAGCAGCAGAAUCCGUGGCCGAGUUCCCCUGCCUGGCUGACACAGAGUCCCCGCCACAACACCAUGAGGACCCACCACCUCACUCUCUUGACAUUGCCUCAGAUAUGGACUUCGUGGGUCAUCGACAGAGGUCUUACACUGCUCAGAGGCUGGAGAUCAUGCGUAAAGAGAAGAAGAAUGCGUCUAAAGUCAAGAGAGUUGUUUGGAAACAUAAUCCAGCUCCACUCGAUGAAGCUGAACUGAAUGAACUGUUUUCCCGUAAAGCUGUGAUAACUUCUGGCGCCCCUCAUGACUCGCCCACCCCCCGGCAGCCACCUGUUUCUCUACUGUCUCGUCUGGUGCGGCAAUAUCCCGAUGGUCUUAAUAAUCCAUUUCUUGAAUAUGCGAAGUUUGAUGGGACGACUCACACAAACAUACAAGCACGUCGUAUCAGCAUAUACUUGUUAUUCGGGGACAAUCCUGAACCAAGUUAUCCCAUGGUUGUGUCUGUGGUUAACUGCCAUCAAGCACGGGUAAUUGAUCUCAUUGGCCUCAUUUGUUGGCUGUAUACCAAAGAAAACAGACAACCGCCUUUAAGGGGUGGUGUUGAGCGUUACGCCCUUCACAUUGCGGAAGAGGACGGCCAAGUUGACUGGGACUUCCAAGCUCUACGCAACCGGGAUGUCAUCGAAAAGUUUGGGUUUAACGUACUAGCUCUAGUCGAGAAGGAUGUCCGUGAACCAUCACAGGACAUUGUAGUCACAUUAACUGUAUCCGGGGGAGCAUUUAGCAAAAUAAUUGUAGAGAAUUAUGAUAUUACACUGAAGGAGAUUCUUAACAGGACCAUAACCAAGAGGAAGGACAUGGUUAAGAUAAUAGAUGCUGGCUUAGAUUAUCACCUAGAGAAAGAAGAUGAGCCAGGCAUAGAGUUGGAUCUGGAGAAGACCCUGUCAGACAUAAAUUGCACCGAGUUUGCUGUAGUCCGAGACAAUAGUAAAAGAAUUGAAAAUCCACCGGACUUCAACAACAUGUCAGCUGUGGAGGCGACGCUUUACCGUUCUUACAAAGUUAUGUGGUUACUGAAGUUCGGGAAGUGUGAAGCUUGUCUUGGAAUUUCUGGAGAAAAAUUGGAAAUCCAUCCACUACAGCAGAAGGUUGGGGGAGCACUUCUACACCUUCGUUCCCCCCACCCAGUGACAUACAACAUGGUGCAGGUGGUGGACUGUUGUCCUAAGGCAGAGAAAAGAGGCAAAAUGGAAUUCCAGUUAACCUGCCAGGGGGAGAAUCGAUUUAAAGACUAUGUGUUUGAGUGCGAGACAAAAAUGGCGCAGGAAAUUCUGGACAAGUGUAAGCAUAUCUUUGAUCUCCGCGCCAGUUCUGUACGCAAGGAAUUCUGGAAGGAGAAGAAGCCGUUUAGAAGACACAACAGCCUGUCAAUGAGGAGGAGACCGCGGACUGAGAACCACGUGAAUGAAGUGUAACUCAGCGUACUCUGCGUAAAGACAACGACGACUCUUUUUAUUAUCAUUAUUUAAGGUGUGAUACUUAAUUUUUUAUGCAGAGUAUGACGAUGUAUGAUGUUGGAAUGAGUAUGUUGAAGGGAAAGUGAUGGGUUGUCUGUGUGUUGCAGUGUUAUGUGAGGAUGACCUUGUGGUUAUUUUCACACAGAUGCCUUCAUAUGUGGAGAAGAAUAUUUGGACUUAAGGUCUGUGUGCUCCCAUAAUCUAAAUUUUACUGUCAAUGAUGAUGGAAAAAUCAGUGAAUCAAGAAAUUUUUCUAAAAGUCAACAACUGAUCAUGAAAUUUACUACUAUAGAAGCAGUUUUACAAAAAUCCAGAAAAUUAGAUUAGUUUUAAAGACUUGAUAGACACUUUUAAUCUUCUUACGUAGAAUAGAAAUUGAAUUUUAAAAUGGUGGACACAGUGUUUGAGCAAGUUGCAACGUAAAGUUUUCAUCGUGUUGUUAUUUACUAGUCGGUUUUGUACUUUUUACAUCCACAGUACUGUAAUUGGUCCUGGUGAACACUCUACUGUUAGAACAAUCACGGUUAUAUAUAUAUAUAUAUAUAUAUAUAUAUAUAUAUAUAUAUAUAUAUAUAUAUAUAUAUAUAUAUAUAUAUAUAUAUAUAUAUAUAUAUAUAUAUAUAUAUAUAUAUAUAUAUAUAUAUACACACACUGGCCAUUGGCUCACCGUGAAGCUUUAAAAUAUCCCCGUGAACACAGCCUAAGAACUGUCUUACUUACGCUGUGAGAGAAACACUUUGUACUAUUCCUGUGAUUAUUUUUGUGGUAAUCUGAUUUCUUUAAUACAUACAACAGUGCUGAAAUUACUUAACUAAUGAGCUCCCAAAAAAAUUUCUGGAGGUAAGGAAUAAACUUUAAAAUCCAAGGAAAUAAAAUGUAAAAUAAUAAUAAAGGAAGCUGAAAUUUGAAUUUAAAUUGACUUAAAAAAUGUUUUAACAUUCAGUAAAUGACUUGUUUGUACUGUACCAUGAACUAAAUAACUUGUAAUAAUUAUUUGCUACAUCAUUCAGUGAUAGUGGGCGAUAUUUCUCCCCUAGAAGCAGACCUCUGGGGUGUUUCGUAAGGUUGUUAAACAAAUGAGAUGAAAGUGUCAUAAAAAUUGUACCGUG